AUGAAAAGUAGGGACAGCGACCGCGGGCAAAGCGGCGUGAUCUUCGGUUAUCUUCGUUCUAGUACAGUGUUGACUCGUCGGACUGUAGCGGUUGUAAACAACUUGUCGCCCCGUGUGUCUGCCCGUGGCGCUAGUUAUCUGUCGAAGGUGGUGGUGGACGUCUCUGCCCUGACGCGCGGCGUGCGUCUGCUCAGUGUGGAGGUGCCGCUGACAGCGGUGCCGGCCGGACCGGCUGCCUCUCCGGCGGCCGACAUUGAGCGCGGCACGUGUCCGCCGCCGUUCGGGCCGCUGCAGCUGCUGCAGUCGGCGGCGCAGCUGUCCGUCUCCGUGUCGCUGGCCGUGCCGCUGGACCUGCUGCCGCGGCCGGCGCCGGCGCGCUGCGCCUACGGCCGCCUGCUGGCCGUCGUCUCGCAGCGCGGCCUGCAGCGCAGCGGCGUGCUGCAGCUCAUCCAGCAGCUCAACGAGCCGCCCAGCCCGGCGGCGGCCGAGGGCGCCGCGCCGCGCCGGCCCGGCGACGUCAGCACACCUGGCAUCAGCGGCUUCUGCCUGGCCGACCGUCAGCUGCACCUGCUGUUCGCCGAGGGGCGCGCCGACGCCGAGCUGGAACAGACGGCGGCCGGGCCGCGCGCUCUGCCGCGCCGCGACGCUCGACUCUGCCACCACUCGGGCCGAUUGCUCUUGAUCGUCAAUACAUACAUACAUACAUACAUACUGUUUAGGGAGGCCAGCCGGCCGCGUUCCGCGUGCUCGAGGACCGCCCGCUACGCGCCCAGCUGCUCGACACCCGCCUCUACACGUUACAGAAACAGGAGCCGGCGCGCGCCGUCCGCGCCAUCAGAGAGUGCUUCCGCACGCAGUGGCUGUCGGAAAAUGAACCUGCUUCCGAACGAGGCCGGCCUGCAACAACUGCUGGCCGGCUGUUGGCCGAAAAAAAACGCCUUCAACCGGAUACGAUCAGCUGCGAAGACCCAGAUCCGUAGUAGAGGGCUCAUCGAGUCCGGGUCCAGCUCCCCGUACUUCCUCCACUUUGGAAACACCGCAGCGAAGAUCACAGUUAUACAUAAUAUUUAG